CAGAUUCUCAAAGAUGCAAUAAUGUUUUUCUUGCAGUCAACACCCAAUCUCCCUACCAUCAUUCCAGCAAUGGAUUUAAUUGGCAAAAAGCUCACAUUGUAUUCUAAUAACACUAACUAUCAGCUCUCAAUUUGUGCUGCCAUUGGACUUGCUAAAAAAAUGUUGGAUCACUACUAUUAA